AUGUGUGGCAGGCUCCUUCCACUGCGCACCAUUUGGUGGCAUGAUAUAGAUAACAGCUAGUAAUUAGGAAGUUGGCGUUACAAGAACAAGAACAAAACCCCACUCACUCAAUGCACAUAAUAAUACAAUAAUUUCUUAGGGAGUGAAUGGCGAACUUGCCCCAAUCCAUCUCCACAAGCGGCGCGACGUCGUUUGGAGCUUCUUCUGCCACCGCCAAGGAUCGCAGCAGGAUAGCGUCUGUGGAACACCUCGUUCUCCAACUCAACAACCCCGAUCUCCGAGAAAACGCUCUCCAUGAACUCUCCAAGAAGAGAGAGUUAUUUCAGGAUCUUGCUCCAUUAUUGUGGAAUUCUUUUGGUACCAUGUCAGCACUUUUACAGGAAAUAGUUUCAAUAUUCCCUGUUAUUUCACCUCCAAACCUUACUCCAGCACAAUCAACUCGAGUGUGCAAUGCUCUUGCUCUUUUUCAGUGUGUGGCAUCUCACCUUGAUACAAGGAUGCAAUUCCUCCAUGCUCAUAUACCUCUAUAUCUGUAUCCCUUCCUUAAUACAACCAGUAAGUCCAGACCAUUUGAGUAUUUGAGGCUUACCAGUCUUGGAGUCAUUGGUGCCUUAGUGAAGGUUGAUGAUACAAAAGUUAUAAGUUUCCUUCUUUCAACAGAGAUUAUUCCGUUGUGCCUGCGCAGUAUGGAAAUGGGCAGUGAAUUGUCAAAAACUGUUGCAACCUUUAUAGUUCAAAAAAUUCUGUUGGACGAAAUUGGUUUGAAAUAUAUUUGUACUACAGCAGAGCGCUUUUAUGCAGUAGCUCAAGUUUUGGGAAACAUGGUGGAAACUCUUGUUGAGCAACCUUCAAGUCGUCUUUUGAAGCACAUUAUUCGUUGUUAUCUUCGUCUGUCAGAUAAUCAGAGUGCUUGCAAGGCAUUAAGAACCUGUCUUCCAGACAUGUUAAGAGAUGCUACAUUCAGUAAUUGCCUUCGUGAAGACCCAACAGCUAGGAUGUGGCUACAGCAGUUGCUUCAUAAUAUUGGAGACAAUCGGGUUCCUGCACUACAAGGUGGAGGAGGAUUCGAUCGUAUGAUGGGGUCGUGAGAACAAAGACUUGCUACUUUGUGAAAAUUAUCAACUAGCUACAUACAUAAAAUAGGAUUUUCAGUUGGGCAUGUAUUGAGAAUGAAGAAUUGAAUGGGAAGGGAACUAUCUUUCCGUAAGAUGUUAAGAGUGAAGUAUACAUGAGAAUAGUGACCUCUUAAUUGAAUACAAAUAUUAAAA